UCAUCGCCCAAGUACUACAAAUCUACACAUCUCCUUCAGGCUUCAGGCCUUGAUCCAUUCUUCCUACAAUUCCUUGAGGCUUCGACCAGAUCACAACUCUCCAGUUACCGCCAGCCAUGGCUGCCAAGACCACCUCAUGCUUCACCUUCCUCAAGGAAGCGCUGGUCCUCCCCACGCGAAACCCCAAGCUCUUCGCCCCCAUCCUCAUCCUCCUGGCCAUCAUCGCCUUCCUUGUCCCCGCCGUCAACGUGGUCCUCAUCCAGCCGCUCACCGCCGAGAUGCUCCGCCACCUCACCGAGAUGCAGACCACCGACCCCUCAAGCGCCGAGUUUGCCAGGCUCCUGGAGGAGAUACGGCAGGAAGCCAGGGAGCUCGUCCUCAUCUCCGUCGGCCUGUUUUUCGUCACCCUGGCGCUGGUCUUCGCCAAGCAGAUCCUCGCCUUCUCCGCCGCCUCCACGACCUACUCCGGCGACCGCUACUCGCUCGCCGAGCUCCUCCGAAGGGUGACCAAGUGGGGUAAUCUGAGGGGCCCUCUCGUCACCGUGGGCGUGGUCACCGCGCUCCAGCUCACGUUCAUGGCGCUCCUGGGCGCCUACCUCUCCACCGUCAUGCGCCACGCGGAGGCGCUCUCCGUGCAAGGUGCGCUCUUCGCCCUCGCUUUCCUGGCCUUCAUGUACUUCGGGGUGGUGGCUGUGGUGGGCGUCGCCGUGUCGGUGGCCGACGAGGGGUGCCGCGGCGUGCGCGCGCUCCUGCGGGCGUGGCGGCUCAUGAUGCGGGUGAGCAGGAAGGAGGGCGCCCUGCUGGCGGCGGUGAUGCUCCUCCUGUCGACCGUUGUGAGCCCGGUGUACGCGCUGGCGCUCGUGUACGCCAAGAAGAGCAUGGCGGUGGGGCUGUGCCUGCUGUUCGGGUAUGCUCUCCUGUCUGCUGCGGUGGAGCUGUUCUACAUGGCGGCGGCCACGGUGUACUACUAUGAGGCCAUGGAGAGCAAGGAGGCGAUCCUGGCUUUUGAUGGCUACUAUGCCAAGAUACCUUCCGGUGAGGGUGAGGCAAAUGUCUGAUUGAUCGGUCAGCCCCGUAUAGUAUAAUGACUAAUGAGUCAUACAUAUACUUGUGGUGCUUCCUAGCUGCGUGAUCAUUAUCAUUGUACUACGUACAUUUGACUAAGUCAAUCCUCGAUUAUACAUACAGAUACAGGAGAGUAAAAAUACAAGUGCAGGUCAGCAAAUUUGCAUUCC